GGCGUCUCUCGUCACCGACCCUUUUCAAUGCGGCUCGAAAACAGAGCGGACUGACCCGCUUCAGAUCUAAAUCACUGCUAGCGCUCAUUGUGAGAUACAGCAACCACUUCUGUAGUCUUUCUGAAACUGCCUAGACCUUUGCAAAUGCAAGCAAUUAAAUGUGUGGUGGUCGGGGACGGGGCUGUGGGUAAGACCUGUUUGCUGAUCAGCUACACCACCAAUGCCUUCCCCGGAGAGUACAUACCCACUGUCUUUGACAACUACUCUGCCAAUGUGAUGGUCGAUGGGAAACCAGUGAAUCUGGGUCUAUGGGAUACAGCAGGACAGGAAGACUACGACAGACUCCGACCACUGUCCUAUCCACAGACGGAUGUGUUCUUGAUAUGCUUCUCCUUGGUCAGCCCAGCCUCCUUUGAGAACGUCCGAGCUAAGUGGUACCCAGAGGUGAGACACCACUGCCCCAACACCCCCAUCAUCCUGGUGGGCACCAAGCUGGAUCUGAGAGAUGACAAGGACACUAUAGAGAGGCUGAGGGACAAGAAGCUGUCCCCCAUCACCUACCCCCAGGGCCUGGCCAUGGCACGGGAGAUAGAAGCAGCUGAGGGAGACAGCAGAAAUUCAAACAUAGAAUCCAGAGGAGAGAGAUUGAGAUUCAGGAGGUGAGACGGCCUGUGAAAUCUCUCAAGUGCUCUGCACAGGAAGCAAUGGAGGACAGUGAGCGGAUAUUUACUGAGCUGAUCCACUCCAUUGAGAGAAGUAGCUGAGUUGAAGGAGCUGAUCAGAGCCCAGGAGAAGGCUGAAGUGAGUCGGGCUGAAGGACUCCUGAAGCAACUGGAGCAGGAGGUGGCUAAGCUGAGGAGGAGAGAUGCUGAGCUGGAGAAGCUCUCACACACAGAUGAUCACAUCCACUUCCUCCAGGUGACAUCACUGUCUCUGUCCACAGCAGCAGGUGUCAAUGCUGAAAGUGAAAUGUUUGUCUUUUCUCAACCAUCCUCUUUUUCCCUGUUUCCUGAUCUGUCUUUGUAGUCUCUGUGUCCUUCCUGAAUACAAGGCCUUACCCAGCAUCACUGUUAACCCACGCAUCUCCUUAGAGGAUGUGAAGAAAGCUGUUUCUGAGCUGAAAAUACUGGACUGUAUCUGCUCUGGGGAAAUUGCCAAGAUAUCUUCCCAAAGUAGGGACAUGUCCAAGAAAAUCCAUACAAAUUAAUUAGCCAUACAUUCUGUUCAGUAGGUGAUCUAAAAUGAUUAUUCUCAGUGAACCUCUCUCAGUAACCCUUUGACAUUCUGUACAGUUGAAAUCGGAAAUGUACAUACACUUAGGUUGGAGUCAUUAAAACUCAUUUUUCAACCACUCCACACAUUUUUUUGUUAACAAACUAUAGUUUUGGCAAGUUGGUUAGGACAUCUACUUUGUGCAUGACACAAGUAUUUUAUCCAACAAUUUUUUACAGACAGAUUAUUUCACUUAUCACACUGUAUCACAAUUCCAGUGGGUCAGAAGUUUACACACAUUAAGUUGACUGUGACUUUAAACAGCUUGGAAAAUUCCAGAAAAUGAUGUCAUGGCUUCUGAUAGCCCAAUUGACAUAAUUUGAGUCAAUUGGAGGUGUACCUGUGGAUGAAUUUCAAGGCAUACCUUCAAACUCAGUGCCUCUUUGCUUGACAUCAUGGGGAAAAUCAAAAGAAAUCAGCCAAGACCUCAGAAAAAAAAUUGUAGACCUCCACAAGUCUGGCUCAUCCUUGGGAGCAAUUUCCAAACGCCUGAAGGUACCACGUUCAUCUGUACAAACAAUAGUACGCAAGUAUAAACACCAUGGGACCACGCAGCCGUCAUACCGCUCAGGAGGGAGACACGUUCUGUCUCCCAGAGUUGAACGUACUUUGUGCAAAAUGUACAAAUCAAUCCCAGAACAACAGCAAAGGACCUUGUGAAGAUGCUGGAGGAAACGGGUACAAAAGUAUCUAUAUCCACAGUAAAACGAGUCAUAUAUCAUCAUAACCUGAAAGGCCGCUCAGCAAGGAAGAAGUCACUGCUCCAAAACCGCCAUAAAAAAAGCCAGACUACGGUUUGCAACUGCACAUGGGGACAAACAUCGUACUUUUUGGAGAAAUGUCCUCUGGUCUGAUGAAACAAAAAUAGAACUUUUUGGCCAUAAUGACCAUCGUUAUGAUUGGAGGAAAAAGGGAGAGGCUUGCAAGCCGAAGAACACCAUCUCAACCGUGAAGCACGUGGGUGGCAGCAUCAUGUUUAGGGGGUGCUUUGCUGCAGGAGGGACUGGUGCACUUCACAAAAUGGAUGGCAUCAUGAGGUAGGAAAAUUAUGUGGAUAUAUUGAAGCAACAACCUUAAAGGUCCUCACCAUUGCCCUUGAUUCUAAGCAAUGUUGUGCUGCUAUUUUUAUUGACUUGGCCACAGCUUUUGAUACGGUAGACCAUUCCAUUCUGGUGGGCCGGCUAAGGAGUAUUGGUGUCUCUGAGGGGUCUUUGACCUGGUUUGCUAACAACCUCUCUCAAAGAGUGCAGUGUAUAAAGUCUCCCCGUAUUUUGUGUUAAAUUCUCUACAACAAAGUUUUCUUAGUGUCCAACAAGCUUUCUCUACCCUUAACCUUGUUCUGAACACCUCCAAAACAAAGGUCAUGUGGUUUGGUAAGACGAAUGCCCCUCUCCCCACAAGUGUGAUUACUACCUCUGAGGGUUUAGCGCUUGAGGUAUUCACCUCACACAAGUACUUGGGAGUAUGGCUAGACGUUACACUGUCCUUCUCUCAGCACAUAUCAAAGCUGCAGGCUAAAGUUAAAUCAAGACUUGGUUUCCUCUAUCGUAAUCGCUCCUCUUUCACCCCAGCUGCCAAACUAACCCUGAUUUCAGAUGACCAUCCUACCCAUGGAAGAUUACGGAGACAUCAUUUAUAGAUCGGCAGGUAAGGGUGCUCUCGAGCGGCUAGAUGUUCUUUACCGUUCGGCCAUCAGAUUUGCCACCAAUGCUCCUUAUAGGACACAUCACUGCACUCUAUACUCCUCUGUAAACUGGUCAUCUCUGUAUACCCGUCGCAAGACCCACUGGUUAAUGCUUAUUUAUAAAACCCUCUUAGGCCUCCCUCCCCCUAUCUGAGAUAUCUACUGCAGCCCUCAUCCUCCACAUACAACACCUGUUCUGACAGUUACAUUUUGUUAAAGGUCCCGAAAGCACACACAUCCCUGGGUCGCUCGUCUUUUCAGUUUGCUGCAGCUAGCGACUGGAACGAGCUACAACAAACACUCAAACUGGACAGUUUUAUCUCAAUCUCUUCAUUCAAACACUUAAUCAUGGACACUCUUACUGAGUUGUGGCUGCUUUGCGUGAUGUAUUGUUGUCUCUACCUUCUUGCCCUUUCUGCUGUUGUCUGUGCCCAAUAAUGUUUGUACCAUGUUUUGUGCUGCUACCAUGUUGUGUUGCUACCACGUUGUCAUGUUGUGUUGCUACCAUGCUGUGUUGUCAUGUGUUGCUGCCUUGCUAUGUUGUCUUAGGUCUGUCUUGAUGUAGUGUUGUCCCUCUUGUCGUAAUGUGUGUUUUGUCAUAUAUAUAUAUAUAUAUAUAUAUAUAUAUAUUUUUUUUUUAACCCAGUCCCCGCAGGAGGCCUUUUGGUAGGCCAUCAUUGUAAAUAAGAAUGUGUACUAAACUGAUUUGCCUAGUUAAAUAAAUCAGCUCAAUAUUCGGUACUAAAAAUAUUUACUUGGAUCUACAUUAUGGAUACAGUUCCGUGUAAUGGAAACAGAUUAUUGUUUUAGAUGACAUUACCUUCUUACUUAAAUCACUGUUGCUACCCAUAGUAUAGAAUUGAGAAAUAAAUUGUAAAAAACAUGUCUUAUUCAAUUA